ACUACUACUACUACUACUACUACUACUAUAUUUCAGAAACCUGCCCCGCGCCAUCAUGAUCUCAAUGCCCCUCGUCACCGUAAUCUACUUCCUCGCCAACGUCGCCUACUUCGCCGUGCUGACGCGCUCCGAGAUCCUGUCCUCCAACGCUGUGGCCGUGUCCUUUGGUAACCGCAUGCUGGGGGUGAUGCGCUGGACGAUGCCCUUCUUCGUCGCCUGCUCCACCUUCGGCAGCCUCAACGGGGGAAUCUUCGCCUCCUCGCGCCUCUUCUUCGUGGGGGCGCGCCAAGGCCACCUCCCUCAGAUCCUCUCCCUCAUCAACACCAAGAACUACACACCAGUACCCUCCCUGAUGUUCCUGGGGCUGAUGACGCUGUUCAUGCUGAUCACCUCGGACAUGCAGGUGCUCAUCAACUACAUUUCCUUCACCGAGUCGCUCUUCAUCCUCAUGUCCAUCGCGGCGCUGCUCUGGCUGCGCUACCGAGACCCCAACCGUCACCGCCCCAUCAAGGUCUGGCUUGGCUUCCCGAUCCUCUUCUUCGUCAUCUGCCUGUUCCUGGUGGUGCUGCCCAUCAUCCAGCGGCCCAUCGAGCUCGGCGUGGCGAUCGGCAUCAUCUCCAUCGGCAUCCCUGUCUACUACCUUGGCAUCCACAGGGAACACUCCGAGGGCUUCAGCAACUUCAUGGGCAAGGCCAUGUUUCUGAGCCAGGUGCUGACGAUGGGGCUGCCCGAGGAGAAGCAGGCCUGAUGUGUGUUACCAAGAAGGACAGGCAGAGAGAGGAAGAGGAAAAGGAGGAGGCGGAGGAGAAGGAAGAGGAGGAGGAGAAGGAGAUGGAGAAAGAGGAGGAGGAGGAGACAACUUGGCAGAUGCUGGAAGAGGAAAACUGAACGCAAAAAUGAUGUGGUGACAAAAAUAGUGGGGAAUAAUUAAGCAUUCAAGGUACAUGUGAGGUGAUGACCCGAGAGGAAAGGGUUGUGAAAGGAAUUUGAAGUUACCAAGAAAUGUGUACUUGAAGGAAUCUGAAACAGUAUCAUAAAGAGAAAUUGAUGAGACAGAAACCUAAAUAAAGACUGCAGAAGUGUGGGUAGUCGGAAUUUUCCAUUUAAAAGACUGGGAAAUUGUCACGAGGGAGACAUGAAAGCUAUGGCGUGGCAGGAAACACACGUUGUGCUAUGCGUCUGUGAAGAUUUGUCGUUAUUUGAAUAUUUAAUGCUGGCAGUGUGUGAGGCAUUCAGAGGCAGAAUUGGAUAACUUUAUAUCUUGCUCCUUCCUCCUGGGUCUUGGCAUUGCUUUGCGUAGUGUGUCUGCAAGUGAAGAGUCCUCCAAAUACAGUAUUUUUGUACUUUAACAUGUAGAGCCGAGUGAGUGAGUGGGGUGGUUGCUGUGUUGGCCACUCACUUCUAGACGACCAAGCUUGGCUCUGAUUGCCUCAUCUCUGUCCACGAUGCAACACUGUAUAGUUUAGAGUGUUUAGAAUCAAAACUUAUGGAAAAUUACCAACCCUCAACAUAUCACAAACUUCUCUGAUUAAUAUUUCAUUUGCAGCUUUGAAUUACUAAAUUAAUUAUUUAAUUAUCUCCAUUGCUAUAUAAGACUGCCCAUGCUGAGUAUAACAUUUUCAGUGUGUCAAUUGUGAAGGCGUUGGUGUUCAUGUGUAUGAUACUAGGCAAAGCUCACCACUGUCAUGAAGGGCCUUGUGCCUUCUCAGAGUUCAAGUGUCUUGGUGAAGUGUGAAGACUGGAGACAAAGCUACACAUUCAGGGACAGCUCAAUAGUGACAACACAGGGAGGAGGGUUGUCUCUGCUCCGGGUUCCAAGUGUCCGUGUCAUGACAACCAUCGUCCUGCUUGCUGGGUCUUCCAUGCUGCUGCUCAAAUGCUGCUGUGGACCAGUGGCAUAGCUACCAAGGGGUGUGGGAAGCCAUGGGCUUCAUCAUGUAAUUCUGCAUAAAUGUGGCAAAUAGUUAUUUCUGCAUGGGCACUGGGUGCCCUCAUGAUUAACUUGCCUCCCCCUAAUGCCCAUGAGAUCCUACAUAUGCAAACCCUGGCUAUGUCACUGCUCUGGACACAGCUAUUUUUUAUACAGUUUCCAGUUUGAAGAUUAGAUUUGCUUCUCUCUGUGUACCUUGUUGUUUGUCAGUGUGUAUGGCAUCUUCCCUCGCUGGAGACACGUCGAAGCAGUCCACUCAAAGUGGUGGGUCUGGUGGGUUGGAAUCAGUGUCAGUAACAGUGGACAGGGGCGUGGAGUGGAGGUGCUGGCAGGGAAGCAGGGAAGCUAAAUAAAAACUGGUACAUUGACAGCUUCAACUAUUUUAUACCACUGUGCAGUGCUGGUGUUCUAUAUAAGGUGUUUACUGGAGCCCUUUUGUAAAGAGAAAAAAAAUGCCAAACUUAAAAUGGCCAGUUCCUCUCAACACAACAAGCUCACCACCACUGCUUCUCACACCCUUUUCUGUCACUGUGCCAAAAAUGGUCAUGCAUAAGAAAAGUGUAUGUUUGUGGGACUCGUGCCUUGUUACUUUUGAUAUGUCAACCAUCAGUAUUAUCACUGUUGAGUUCAAUACUGAAAAUGUUAUUUCUGUACCUUCCAUUUUUACUGUUUUUUAUCUUUUCAUUUAUUUUCAUUUCUCAUUUUUAUAUAAUUUUUAUAAAGCAUUUGUAUAUUCUUUGCCCCAGUUCAUCAUUCCUCACAACUGUCCCAGAUGUCAUCACACAAGAGUCCUGCCACAGGCCUUGCUGGUGGCUCACUGUUCACUGCUUCCUUCUCUUCCUUCGUCACCGCCUCCGUCGUGUGGUGCCUCAACACUUCAGAGCCCAGAGUACAAGAGUUCUGGUGGAUGUCUAACCUUUGCCUUACACACUCUUCCUGCCUUUUCAUUAAUAUCAUUUCCAUCACAAAUUUCCAUCAUCAUAAUAUAGCAAACAGUAUUUGUCAAUGAUUAGUAUUUUGUUAUCAUCAUUGUUGUUUCUGGUGCUGCAACAUUAGGUAUAUUGUUACAGUAGUUUGCUUUGAUUUAUCCUAAUUGUCAGCAGCCUAUUUGUGGGGUUUUGUAGGUUCAAAUAUUUUUAAAUUUCUUCUUAAAUCUUCUUCUCAUGUUUUGCUGUGUAGCUAUGUCUGGUCUGUCCCCUCAGCAAGCCUUUACACAAAACUGUGAUACAUUUACUAUUUCUCUGUGUCAGUCUGCCUCAGCCACCUCAGUGCACCCAAGCUUUUAUACAUUCACUCAUGAGCCGAGUAUGGCCGGCACGGUGGCCAGCGUCCCUACAUGUGACUGUUUUACUCAUGCUGUGGCUGGCUGGUGGGUGGAGGAGGGUGGCAGGCACCUCGUUCCUACAGAGUCGUCAUGUUUGUUAUUUUGUACUUGUUGCCGUUGACAGUGUAAGGAGAACUUUUGAGAUGGUGGCGGCGGCGGCCCGGAGGAGGUUGUUCAGAUGGUUGCUGGGCUGCCCCGUUACCAGCUUUACAUUCACCCUUUCGUAAAUACCUCUCGUUUGUAAAUAAGAGUGGAAUGUAAAUAGUUAACCCCUUAACUUUGGUGUAUUCAAAGGCCAGCAUUCCUGUAAGCCUCACACUGGAUACAUGGCAGGUCCAACCUUGCGAGUGGAAUGGUCAUCACUUGCAAUGCAGUGCCUUCAUUUUCACAGAAAACAGAUGAUUAGAAUUUUCAUGAAAGCGAUUUUACAGUAUAUGUACAUACAGUGGUUCCCAUGAUCAGAAAUUUACAUGUGAUGGUGUGAAACCAUAAUCAAAGCAUGUGUUUAAUAAUUGUUAUGGUCAACGGUUUUGAUUCAACUAAUGUAUAGAAAAUAUCAUUAGAAGAAUUACAGCUUGUUUCAGGCAUGACUUGGUACAGUUCAUUAUAGUUCACAGCUUUGAACAGUACAGCAGCCUCCAACAGGGCAGCAGCUGUGUCAAGGUGCUGCGCCUUGUAGGGGCUGGACGGAACCAGCUGUGAGGGUGGAGGCAUUUGUGUAUCGAAGGGUGUGGGCUGCCGGGCAUUGUGUGAGCUAUGUCAAGGGAGAGCCGGAGAGGAUCGACAGAUUCAUUUGUGUGUGUGUGGUGUGUGUGUAUGUGUGUGUGUGCAUGCUCACAGGCAUGUGUCAUGAAAGGCUGUUUGAUGUAAUAAUUGUCAAAUACUGUACAGUUAUACACUCACUCAAAUGCUCUCUUUCUGUAUGCAGCUGUGGUGGGUCUGAGUGUAUUGCCAAGGGGGGGAGAGGCUUUGUCACAGGCAGGUUUGGAGACUUUGGUGACCACUGAGUAUUAUACAUUGUAACUUAUCUACACUGGAGUUAUUUGUGAUACGGAUUGUACAAGUCUGGCAAGCAGUUCAUGGUUGUUUUUGAUAACUUGUUAAGAUAUUGUUAGAUGUGUAGGGCGGAGGAAACUGUGGUGUGCGUGUGUGUGUGUUGCUUCUUGUGUACGACAGGUGAGGGGUGAAGGAUGAUUGUGACCGAUGCCUGAAUGUCUGUCUGUUCUCUCUCUCUCUCUCUCUCUCUCUCUCUCUCUCUCUCUCUCUCUCUCUCUCUCUCUCUCUCUCUCUCUC